AAAAGUGUUGGUGGAGGGUUUGAGACCCGUGUGCACCUUUCCUUAUGCUGCUGAGAGACCCCAUCAAGGUCGUGCUCAGAGUAGGGCUGAGCUUAUGUUCUGUCCCUGCAGUGGUGACAGGACAUCCUCUCUAGGGUAGGACGGUGGGUUCCCUAUCCUUGAGCCCGGCACUGUGUUGGCUCUGGCGCCGGCAGCAUACAGCAAGUGAGGGCAGAGCCAGGGUCUCUCUAGCCCCUCUCCCUGCGAUGGUUCCUUCCCGGCCAGGAGGCCGUGGGCCGGAGCAGUGGCGAGCCGGGCCGGAUGGGCGGCACGGCGGGGCCAGAGCCCGGGGACCCCCGAGGCGGCUGAGCCGGCCCAUGGCGGCGGGCGCGGGCGCCUUCGCGUGGGCCACCUUCCCCGCCAUGCCCACGCGGCGCGUGUACUGCAGCGCCGCGCACCGCGACGGGCAGCUCUUCGUGCUGGGCGGCUGCGGGGGCGGCGGGCGAGCCCUGGGAACUGCUGAGCUGCUCGACCUCCAAGCCCAGCGCUGGACCACGCUCCCACCACUGCCCACGCCGCGGGCUGGCGCUGCCGUCCUCACCCUGGGCAAGCAGAUCUUGGUGGUGGGCGGUGUGGAUGCGGCACAGAGCCCCCUCGCCUCCGUUGAGGUCUACCACGUGGAUGAGGGCAAAUGGGAGAAGAAGGCGGCAUUGGCUCAGCCCUCCAUGGGCAUCUCAGCUGUGCAGAGAGAUGGGGUUGUCUACGCACUGGGGGGAAUGGGUGCGGACACCUCUCCCCAGGCACUGGUCCGUGUCUAUGAGCCAGCAAAAGACCACUGGCAGCCCCUACCCUCCAUGCCCACACCGUGUUAUGGGGCCUCUGCCUUCCUGCAGGGAAACAAGAUCUUCAUCCUGGGAGGCCGGCAAGGCAAGCUGCCUGUCACCGCCUUCGAGGCUUUUGACCUGGAGACAAGAAGCUGGACACGCUACCCCAGCGUGCCCAGCCGCCGCGCCUUCGCCGCCUGUGCCAUGGCUGAUGGGGUUGUCUUCAGCCUGGGUGGGCUGCAGCAGCCAGGGCCCCACAACUUCUAUUCCCGUCCCCAUUUUGUCAACACCGUGGAGAUGUUUGAUCCUGCGCAGGGUGAGCUCCAUGUCUCUGGGUGUGUGGAGAAAGCCAAGCCGCACCAUCCGUAUGAAAGAGAAGAGAGCCGACUUCGUGGCUGGAUGCCUGGGAGGAAGAGUGGUGGCUGUGGGUGGCCUUGGGAACCAGUCCUGCCCACUGGACUCAGUGGAAGGGUUCAGCCUCUCGCAGAAAAAGUGGGAGCCGCUGCCCCCCAUGCCCACUGGCCGCUGCUCCUGCUCCAGCUGCCCAACACCCAGCCUGCUCUUCAUCAUCGGCGGUGUGGCCCAGGGUCCCAGUGGCGCUGUCGAGGCUCUGUGCCUGCGUGAUGUGCCCUGAGCAGGACCCCGGGGACCAGCUCUGGCCAAGCAUCAAGUGCCUGAAGACGGGGACAGGGUGUGUGAGCACCCAUGUGUUCACCCAGGGUGGCCUGGCUCCAGGAAGCCUCUGUCCCAUGAUGCCAGGCACCAGAGCAGCUGCGGAUUUGGGAACUCCCAGCUCCUGCAGCGCUGUGGCAAUGAAGCCCAGGGCAAACUCCUGCCUGGUGGGAUGGCCAUCGCCAGCAGCGUGGAGGGAGCAGCGGUGGCAGGACUGCCACUGGCCUCACUGCCCUGUCCGGCCCCAUCUGUGCCACGGCGUAUCUGUGCCGUGUGUGUAGCAGUGAGUGCUGUGUCGUCGUAGACCCAGUCGAUGUCUCAUGUAGCACAGAGGUGCCCUGUAGCUCAGUGCCUGGGAGGUGAUGUAGCACCUCAAAUAAAUGAAACAUGGAAUUUUA